AUGACUCAAGCCACUCAAAUGCAGCAGCCCACUGACAACGUGGAGUCCAUGUUCCCAACGAACUCGGGAGGUGUGGAUAUCCCGAACAGUGAGAUCCAUGUUGACCCCUACCGGUCGCUGGAUCCUGCUCGUGCUUCCCUGGAGGACUACAACCGCUCGAUGCUGCAGUACACUCAGCGUCAAAUGUCUUCUUUCGUUGACACCGAUGACUCUCAUCGCAGCAGUCAAAGCAGCGGCCAGAGUGGUCGCAGUAGCACCUCUACUAGUUCCAACAUGUCUCGCAAUGCCCACGGACCCACAUCAUCCGUCAGCAAUGCUGCUCACCUGGCCGGUUCUAAGGUCAGCAGCCGUGACAUGGCUGAUAACGAAUCCGCUACAUACUAA